AAGAGGCAGGAUUUUCAUCAUGGCGGACGGAAAACCCUGGUUCUACACGAUACGAAAACACAGAAAGAAAUCAAUUGCUGCUGCCCUGUUUGCAGGAUGGUUGAUGAGUUACGGAGCUAAUAAGUACAGAGAGUACAUGAUAAGAAGAGAACUAUGCCAUGAAGCAAAAGCUUUUGGUGACAAAACAUUGCCAUCAUUAAGAAAACCCAGAAGAUUGACCUUGGUUUUCAAUCCAGCAUCUGGCAGUGGUAGUGCAGAGACUUUGUUGAAGAAAAAUGCAGAACCAAUUCUUCAUAUAGCAGGGCUUGAUGUUACCAUUGUCAAGACAGAUUACGAAGGACAAAUUAAAACCCUGAUGCAGUACAUUGAUCCAAAAACAGAUGGUAUUAUUGUUGCUGGAGGAGAUGGCACACUACUUGAGGUUGUGACUGGACUGCUCAGAAGAAGUGAUCAGGAAGAAAUUUCCAAGAUUCCUAUCGGAGUGAUUCCUCUUGGAGCACAUAAUUCUCUCUGUAACAGGAUAUUUGCAAACAAAGAUGCUACAGAAGCUAGGAGGAUUGGAAAUGCAACAUUGGGAAUUGUUAAGGGAUAUGUUAAACCAAUAGAUGUCAUGGAAAUUAAGGGUGGUGAAGGUCGUUCCACAUUUGCUAUGUCCAAGCUCCAUUGGGGUGCUUUUAGAGAUGCCAAUGAAAAGGAAGAUAAAUUUUGGAUCGUGGGCCCAUUCAGAAGAAAACUUUCCUAUCUUGUGGCAGCUGUGAAGGACUGGCCCCCUUUCAUUGAUACAAUACUUUCAUACCCAACAACAUCAACAGAGGUUUCAUCAGACUCACAGCAAGGGGUUAUGCCCCAUGGUUUUGCAACCACCAACUGUGAGAGCCUCAACCAGGCACCACAAAGGUAUCUUGAUGAUGAAAAAAGCUGCGACACCAUCAGUGAUGGAUGGAUUACCAAUCCCAUCCAAACAUUUGGCUUGUCUGUGGAGCCAUUCAGGACAGAAGACUACUUGACCACUGAUGGUUUCCUCAGAGUAGAUGUCUGGCCAUCAGAUCUCAGUAAGACCGAGUUUAUUCAGAGUGGGUGGAAGAUGGAGAAAGAAGAAAAACAACAAAAGUUCCAGAUGACUGACUCACCAAGAUGCAAAUCCCUGAAGUUAAAACAGCUAAAACUGGAGCCAAAGGAUGAAAAGACGUCAUGGUUUUCAAUUGAUGGGGAGCCAUUUGAAGCAAGAGCAAUAACAAUAACACUUCUUCCAAACAAGCUUCAAGUCUUCUUCAAUCCACACAAAAUUCUUGAAAGUUGAGCUGUUGUGUUUGUAGCAGAUGUGCUUAGUGAAGAAGACAUUACAUCACUGAAUGGUCAAGACUGAAUGCUUUCCUGUUGUCAAAUUUUAUUGUUAAUAAAUAAAUGUAAAUUGGUAUUCUGAAAAGAACUUUCCAUUAAAUGAACAUUGUUACGGAAAAGAGUGGCACUGA